AAAGGGGGGGCUGUGUAAUUUGGCGAAAGUGGUGGCAGGGAGGUCGAGGGAGGAAGGAAGGAAGCGGGGCAGCUUUGUUGAACAAGGACGUUUCUCUCUCUCCGUCUGGGAUUGUAUGGAAGGGAGCGCCGGGCUCUUGAAGGAAGACGAAAUAUAAGGGAAGAGGGAGGAGGAGGAGGGCAAAAUAAAACCAAGGGGGCAAUAACUGGAAACAAGAAAAGCCCAAAGCGGCGGAGAGUUGGACUGCGGCACACGGAGAGGGGGCACAGGAGAGUGAUUGAGAAGGCUGCCGGCUGCCAAGUCUUGCAUAUUCGGACAGCCUUUCGAAGGGGAAAGAGUUCAGGAGCGUGAGGCAGAGCGGAACAGCCGACACCCCCAUCCGAAUGGCUGCUUGCGAGAUGUCCCCGGUGCACCAUCCGCCGCCGAGAGGGAGCUGCACACAGUGAACGGCCGCCGCCUUCCUUCACCGGAACACAGGGAGGAGAAGGUGGAGACGCGAAUGGAGCUCAGUCGCAUCAGGGGUUGAGCGGAGGACGUCGUUUCUGCCUGCUCGGUGCAUGCACAGGGUUGUCUAAACGUUUCUACAGCCAAGCUCUCUACCCAACGGGAGCUUAUCUUCCAGCAAGAGUGCUCUGUGGUGCGGGAAACACGUUCCUUCAACAUGUUAGGAAUACUAAUGCUGGAACAGAUGUUCCGUACAGAAAUGUGGCUUCCCUAUUUAUGGGAUUAUUGGAUGAGCAAUGGUUUGUAGAAACCUCGGAUUCCGGAAUGCUGUGUGUAUUUUAAAGUGGCGCCUCACGACGAGCGGCGAAGGUGUUUCUCAGCUAUCUCAAGACUAUUUGACUUCAGUUGCUAAGGAAUCGAUUUGGUCAUUUGGCAGUGAUCUUUCUGCAUGAUUAUUUCAAUCAUUUGGGAUUCAGUUGUUUAAUGCUGAGUGUGAAGUACUAACGGGAUGUCAAGUGGGAGCAGUUCCUGUGCUUGGCCAAGAACCCUUAGUUAUACUUGCCCAACUGGACUUCACACAAUGGUCAUGUGGAUGCAUUGGUUCCUCAUCAUGCUCAUCAAUUCAGCUGCAGUAACUGCCUUUAACCGAGCUCCUGUCCCAAUGGCUGUGGUGAGAAGGGAGCUGUCCUGUGAGAGUUAUCCAAUUGAACUUCGCUGUCCUGGAACCGAUGUUAUUAUGAUUGAAAGUGCUAAUUAUGGAAGAACUGAUGAUAAAAUCUGCGAUGCAGAUCAAGCCCAGAUGGAAAAUAUUCAAUGCUUCUUACCAGAUGCCUAUAAGAUAAUGUCACAGAGGUGUAAUAAUCGAACCCAAUGUGCCGUUGUUGCUGGACCUGAUGUGUUUCCAGAUCCGUGCCCAGGGACGUACAAGUAUUUGGAAGUUCAGUAUGAGUGCGUUCCUUACAUUUUCUUAUGCCCUGGAACACUUAAAGCUGUUUAUCAAAUGGACCACUUGUUUGAAUCCGAUCACCAAUCAGGAGCUUGGUGCAAAGACCCACUUCAAGCUUCAGACAAGAUCUACUACAUGCCGUGGACUCCGUACAGAACGGAUACAUUAACUGAAUACUCUUCAAUGGGGGAUUUCAUUGCAGGGCGCCCAACCAUCACCUACAAACUUCCUCACCGAGUAGAUGGAACCGGCUUUGUAGUAUAUGAUGGAGCACUGUUCUUUAAUAAAGAACGAACAAGAAAUAUUGUGAAGUUUGAUCUCAGGACUAGGAUCAAAAGUGGAGAGGCCAUCAUAGCCAGUGCCAAUUACCACGACACAUCACCAUAUCGGUGGGGAGGGAAGUCUGAUAUUGAUCUGGCAGUGGAUGAGAAUGGAUUAUGGGUCAUCUAUGCAACAGAGCAGAACAAUGGCAAAAUAGUAAUUAGCCAAUUAAAUCCUUACACAUUAAGGAUUGAAGGAACCUGGAAUACUGCUUAUGAUAAGAGAUCAGCUUCAAAUGCUUUCAUGAUUUGUGGCAUUCUCUAUGUGGUGAAAUCAGUCUAUGAAGACGAUGACAAUGAAGCCACUGGGAAUAAGAUAGACUACAUCUAUAACACUGAGCUGAGUAUGGAUGGUAAUAUUGAAGUGUUAUUCCCAAACUCCUACCAGUAUAUUGCAGCAGUGGAUUAUAACCCUAGAGACCACAGACUCUAUGUGUGGAACAAUUAUCAUGUCCUGAAGUAUUCGCUGGAGUUUGGUCCACUCAAUGAAAAAGAAACAACAUCUUCAUCAUUUGUCAUGGAAACUACCAAAAUCUCCAAAGUUGCGAUGACUACGACCACAACCACGCCCGUUUCAAGGAGGAGUGUGAAGGCAACACUGACACCUGCACCAGAGAUUCCAUCGUUGUUUUACAGGACCAGUGCAAAGACGCUGAUAGCAUCCCACCUCCCUCCUGAGUCCACAGAGUGCUGCGAGGCCACAGACAAGCGUGAUAUAUCUUGGCCCAGAACCCAGCCGGGGGAGACAGCUAAAAGGCCAUGUCCUCUGGGAACAGUGGGUGUAGCCACCUAUGUAUGUUUGUCGCCUGAAGGAUACUGGGAUCCCUUGGGUCCAGACCUGAGUAACUGCAGCUCCCCGUGGAUAAACCUGCUGUCUCAGAAAGUUCGAUCUGGUGAGACUGCUGACAAUAUUGCUCGAGAACUUGCAGAGCAGACAAAACACCUGAUUCAUGCUGGGGAUAUUUUGUUCUCAGUAAAACUCAUGGAACAAUUAGUUGAUCUGCUAAACCGGCAACUCCGUAACCUCACUCCAGGUGGAAAAGACAAUGCUGCUCGGAGCCUUAACAAGGCCAUGGUGGCAACAGUCAACAACCUCCUACAACCACAAGCUCUGGAUGCUUGGAAAGACCUGAUGACCAAUGAUCAGCUGCGAGCAGCUACCAUGUUACUUGACACUGUGGAGCAGGGAGCCUUUGUCCUUGCCGACAACCUACUCAAGACAGACAUAGUGCGAGAAAACACAGAAAAUAUAUUGCUGGAGGUUGCCCGAUUGAGCACCGACGGAUCAUUAGAAGAUUUGCAAUUUCCACAAAAUGGACUAAAUGGGAAUUCCAUCCAGCUUUCUGCAAGUACUCUGAAAAAGAAUGGCCGCAAUGGUGAAAUAAGAUUGGUUUUCGUCCUCUACAAUAACCUGGGAAGUUACCUUUCUACAGAGAAUGCCAGUUUCAAACAAGGAAGUGAAGCGAUGUCAACCAAUCACACGGUUAUAGUCAAUUCUCAGGUCAUCUCUGCAGCAAUAAACAAGGAAAGCAACCGGAUCUAUUUGGCAGCACCUGUCAUUUUCACCUUAAAACACAUCGAUCUCCAAAACAAUUUUAAUCCAAACUGUUCUUUCUGGAGCUACUCUAAACGGACAAUGACAGGGUACUGGUCCACACAGGGCUGCAGAAUGCUGGGGUCAAACAGAACUCAUACCACGUGCUCCUGCAAUCAUCUGACAAACUUUGCUGUCCUCAUGGCACACAAAGACGUAAAGUUUAGUGACCCUGUGCAUGAACUGCUGCUGGAGGUUAUUACCUGGGUUGGUAUCCUGAUAUCCCUCGUCUGCCUGCUGAUCUGCAUCUUCACCUUUUGUUUUUUCCACGGACUUCAGAGUGACCGAAACACUAUUCACAAAAACCUCUGCAUCAGUCUCUUUGUGGCUGAGCUCCUUUUCCUAAUUGGGAUCAAUCGUACAGACCAACCGAUUGCCUGUGCUGUUUUUGCAGCUUUGCUUCACUUCUUUUUCCUGGCUGCGUUCACUUGGAUGUUUUUGGAAGGUGUUCAGCUCUACAUUAUGUUGGUGGAGGUCUUUGAAAGUGAGCACUCCCGCAGAAAGUACUUUUACCUGGUUGGCUAUGGAGUACCAGCUCUCAUUGUCGCCGUUUCAGCUGCUGUGGAUUACCGGAGCUACGGGACGACAACAGCAUGUUGGUUAAGGCUAGACACAUACUUCAUCUGGAGCUUUAUAGGCCCUGCCACCUUGAUUAUUAUGUUGAAUGUGAUAUUUCUUGGGAUUGCUCUUUACAAGAUGUUCCAUCACACAACUGUGCUGAAACCAGAAUCUAGCUGUUUAGACAAUAUCAAAUCGUGGGUCAUUGGUGCCAUAGCCCUCCUUUGCCUUCUUGGACUCACGUGGGCUUUUGGACUAAUGUUCAUUAAUGAAAGCACUGUUAUCAUGGCAUAUCUCUUCACCAUUUUCAACUCACUUCAGGGAAUGUUUAUAUUCAUUUUCCACUGUGUUCUACAGAAGAAGGUGAGGAAAGAAUAUGGCAAAUGCUUCCGUACUCAGUGCUGCAGUCGGAAAAGCACGGACAGUUCUAUUGGGUCAGCAAAGACAUCCGGUGCUCGAACUCCCGGUCGAUACUCUACAGGCUCUCAAAGCCGGAUUAGAAGGAUGUGGAAUGAUACAGUUCGAAAGCAGUCCGAAUCUUCCUUCAUCACAGGAGAUAUCAACAGUUCAGCGUCAUUGAAUAGAGGGGCUAUGGCUAAUCAUCUAAUAACCAAUGCUCUGCUUCGUCCUCAUGGUACUAACAAUCCCUAUAACACAUUGCUUGGGGAAUCUGCAGUCUAUAACAACCCCUCAGUCAGCAUGUACAACACGCAAGAGGUGUUGCUGAACAAUGCCAGGGAUACAACUGUCAUGGAUACUCUACCACUGAAUGGUAACCAUGGCAACAGCUACAGCAUUGCCAGUGGGGAAUACCUGAGUGAUUGCGUGCAAAUUAUCGACCGUGGUUACAACCACAAUGAGACAGCCUUAGAGAAAAAGAUUCUGAAAGAACUCACUUCCAACUACAUCCCUUCCUAUCUGAACAACCACGAGCGUGCCAAUGAGCAGAACAGGAAUCUCAUGAACAAACUAGUGAACAACAUUGGGAAUGGCAGUGAGGAUGACGCAAUUGUUCUUGACGACGCAACUUCGUUUAACCACGAUGAAAGCCUUGGACUGGAACUUAUCAGAGAGGAGUCAGAUGCUCCUCUGUUGCCACAAAGGGCACAUUCAGUAGAAAGCCAUCAGGCCCAGCAUUAUCCCAGCAGGAGGCGGAUCACUCAAGAUCAUAGUGAGAGCUUUUUUCCUUUGUUAACCAAUGAGCACACGCAAGAACUGCAGUCACCUAACAGGGACUCUCUGUAUACCAGCAUGCCUGCUUUGGCAGGAGUGCCCGUGACAGAUGGUAGUGCCCCUCAGACCCAAAGUGCUGCUCCACCAACCAAAAGUAGUGAUGGUGAUGAUGUGUAUUAUAAAAGUAUGCCGAAUCUGGGCUCCAAGAACCAUGAACAGCAACUUCUCAAUUAUUACCAGCUAGGACGUGGAAGUAGUGAUGGAUUUAUAGUUCCUCCCAAUAAAGAAGGCUCCUCACCCGAAGGGAAUUCAAAGGGUCCAUCACACUUGGUCACCAGUCUAUAGGGGAAAAGACUAACCCUGGAUAUCUGGUUCUGGUUUUUCAGAAGCAAGUGAAAAGAUCUGUGUAUGCUUGAAUCUAAAUGCUGUUCAUAUACUGCUGAACUACUUCGAGAUGUUUUUAUUCAGACCAACCUAGUGAGGCACUGCAGGGGAAGCAGAUGAUAAAGAAAUAGUCUGUUUUAAGGCAAAAACAAAAUAAAAUAUUAUUGAACUGAUUGAGAGGGGUUGGACAUGUAUAUUGAAAUGGAAUUUGGUUUUGCUUCCUUAAUAAUGCUAAAUUUUUAUCCUUUUUUUCUUGUGUCUAUUUUCUCAAGGACUUCUAACUGAAGCUUGGUGUAGGUCAGUGUCAGCUGAACUGGUGCGAGGCUAUGGAUUGCUUUCUUUUACUCUUUUCUUUUGUUUUUUAUUAUCACUGUAUAUCAAUUGUGAUUGUUUCUCACAACUUGCAGUUGCAUUUCAUGCAGCUGCAGAACUCCUACAAUCAAAAGGAAAUCUGUUCAAUCUCCAAGAAAAGGAACUAUUCAAAUCAUUAUGCUAGACACGUUUAUGUUUUGCUGUAAUAAUUCUGAUUAUAAAACUAAUGAUGAGAAUUUUGAAAGAUUUUGAUGUACAGACACACAGCAUUGCACAUAUAUUGUAGUAUGCUUUUUCCCUCCAGUUUUUAUGUCUUUGUUGAUGUAGUGAACAAGACAGUUUCUGUUGUGCUGGUCUUGCAAGUUUUGCCAGUAGGAACAGUGUUUUUUCAUAAGUCUUUCUGUUGGACUUUUAUUUUUCCUGAUAAUUCCUCCGAAGAACACCGUUUAUAAAGCUCAUUUUAUAGUGAGGUGAUCACAACUACUAAGAAAAGAAAUUUUUUAAAAACUGUUUUAGGUUUUUCUCGCUGUGUAUUUUGAAGUGAAGUCAUGUUUUUUGCCAACAAAACAAAUUAAAAACUUUAGAAUUUACAGCAGGUACAUUUUUGUUUACAAUGCACUAUGUUAUUCAUAAAUGUGUUCAGUAAUGAAAGUCCACAACGGGAGCUAGGCACUCUUUUAGACACCAAGGACUCUUGGUAGAAAAUAGUGGAACUCAUGCAUGUGGAGAAAUAAAAAAAGUAGCAACAAUUUUGUGUUAAAUCUAGUCAAAGCACUAGGCACUUGUACCGUGGUGGUAAAAAUAUUGACUUAUUAAAAUGAAAAUUAUUUUGAAAUGAAAAAAGAUGAUUUCUCUAUCUUUUUUUCUUUCCUUCUUUCACAGGGAAUUUAUUUAUUUGGCAUUAAUUAGUUGACAUGAGCAUCCCUUUAGUAACGACCUUAGCACAAUUUGUCAUUUUUUUAAGGUUAUGAUCCAUUUUUGUAUGGUUUACAAGUUGAAUGACCUCAUUACUAAUAUUUGUUGUAAAAGUGACUCUUGUCUGCCAACAAAUAAAUCACUGAUUACAGAUUUACAA